AUGGCGAAGUUCCUCGUUCUGUGUUUGAUCUUAACUGAUGCAUUUCUGCUUCUAUCCGUGGCGGAUGAUGACAGUGUUGCUGCGAAUUCUCCGGCUUCUAGUCCAUCCAACGUCAAUGGCGUUUCUGAAGGGCCUUCGAGCCGGAAAAUCGGAAAAAUCUGGGUAGAGAGUACGCGCCGCCACAAUGACGGCGGCGGCUUUGAGGCUCAGAAGCAAGAGAGUGCCGGCGAAGAUGAGAAGCAACAGCGGCGCCACCGUGGAUUCAAUAAGUCGAUUUAUGGCGGCGGAGUGAUUCUUGGAGGCUUAGCCACCACUUUCUUGGUGGCUGUUUUCUGUUACAUUAGAGCGACGGGAAGAAAAAAUGCAAGUGAUGACAGUCCAGUUUCCAGUCCCAGCGCCUCUCCAAGAGUCACAGAUUCAGUGUAAAAAUUAGAAGAAUAAAAAAAAAAAACACAAAA